AUGUUUCCUCACGUCCACGGCGAGAAUAGAAUACCACUUUGGCUAGACUGUGAUCCAGGGCAUGAUGACGCCUUUGCAAUCUUGAUUGCUGCGCAUCACCCAUCUCUCAAUCUUCUCGGAAUAACGACUAUCCAUGGCAAUGCUUCCUUGGAGAACACUACCUACAAUACUGGAAGUAUCCUGGAAGCUAUUGGCAGGCCUGAGGUCCCCGUCUACCCUGGAAGCCGGAAACCAUUCUCACGUCCUGCAUUGCAUGCUCCAGACAUCCAUGGUGAAUCUGGUCUUGAUGGCACUGACCUCCUGCCUAAGCCAUCUGUUCCUCCAUUUACAAAAGAGAAUCCCAUCCUGGCCAUGCGAAAUGCACUCUUGUCCCAGCCAAAGGGAACAUCAUGGGUGGUUGCCACAGGAACAUUGACCAAUGUAGCUUUGCUAUUUGCAACAUUCCCAGAGGUUGUAGAACAUAUCCAGGGCCUGAGUAUUAUGGGAGGUGCCAUCGGUGGGGGGUUCACGGAUGCCCCCAUGAGUAGGCUUCCGGGUGAAAAGUUCCGUAUCGGAAACGUGACUCCCUGGGCCGAGUUCAAUAUCUAUUGUGAUCCCGAGUCUUCCGAGUCUAUCUUUAGUAACCCCAUUCUGGCUGCGAAGACCACGAUGGCCGCCCUGGAUCUGACCCACCAAGUCCUCGCAUCUCAGCCAGUACAGACACGCAUUUUGCAUGAUGGGAGCGACCCGUCAAAGCCACCUACAGUGAUUCGACAGAUUCUGCACGCUCUGCUCACUUUCUUUGCAGCGACAUACGAGAAAGUGUUUGGCCUGGCGACUGGACCCCCUCUGCAUGACCCGUUAGCUGUGGCGGUCAUCCUGUCGACACUCAACCCAUCAUUCGCUUCGCAGCACCCUCAAGAAGCUCUCAAAUUUGACGACAGAGGCGGAGAACGAUUUGCUGUCAGCAUCGUGACGGACGGCCGACAUGGCAAGGAUGUUUCUGCCACCGGCCAACUGGGUCGCUCGAUUGCUACGCCAGUAGCUGGCCCUGGUGUGGCAAUUCCAAGGGGCGUUGACCUGGAGGCGUUCUGGGCGAUGAUUUUGAAAUGUGUGCAGUUGGCUGACGACUGCAAUGCGGCUCGCUCAUGA